AUGCGUCUUCGUUGUUUUUUUCUAUUUCAAUUUAUUUCACUUGUCUGAUUAAUGAUAGUGUUGUGAGCGAAAUAACACAUAGUAUGCCGUCCAUCGACGUGAUGGGCCCUCCAGGGCAGGCCCUGGAAGACCAGGUAGAGGAACCCCCAGCACCGCCUCCACCAGUCAUUGGAAUAAUUUAUCCACCGCCAGAAGUCAGGAGUAUCCUUUUAAAUAUGAAAAUAUUAUUUAAUUUAAGGUGAGAGUCUAGCACAAAAAAGAUAGUUAUUUGCAAACUUAACAAUAAAAACAUAACCUAUAAAAGUAAAAACAGGUAUGUAACUUUUUGACAACACAAUAUACGGACAGUUUAAUAACCACAUAAAAACAUACAAAUAAUAUUGUACUUUAUAUAAUGCAUUAAAUAAUGUGCUCUUUGGAAAGAAUAGUGUAAGUUGUUAUGACAGUAAUUCAGAUUUGUUAGCUUAUGGGUGCAAUUAGAAUCAUGAAUAAACCUAAAGUGUGAUAAAAGUUAGUGCAAUCUCGUUCUCUCGAAAUUAUAGAAAGUAACCAUGUCACUUGAAAUAAUAAAUUUAUUUUAUAAUUUAUUUGAUGUUUAUAUGUCUUAAUAUGGACCCUCUUUUUUAUUUUAUACUUUAUCAUUUCGACAUUAAUUAUAAAGCUUGUUUUCUCUAGUUUGAAUGUGUUUCUUUAUUACUUUUCCUAUCUAGUUAGCAAUAAAGUAUGAAAGGUAAUUGGUUCCUGGAAAUACAAGAAUAUACACAGAAAUAAGUAAUUGCAAUAAUAGUAAUUUUUUCAUUGUGUAAAGUAUAGAAAAAAUUAUAUUAUCUGUAUGGGUUUCUUCUUUCCCUAAGUUUUAUUUUUAAAAUUGAUUAGAACUCAAAUUCAGUAUUAUAUACCUACUCAUGUUUGUUGAUGUAGUAUGCAAUUUAUAAUAAAAAACAAUUCAUUUAAGAAAUAUAAAACAAUUUUGUUUUUUCUUUCAUUAUGUUUCUUAUGCCAUCUGUAUAUUUUUUUCUUGCCUGUGUUUGUCUGUAAUCAGUAUCACAGUACCAUAUUAAAAAAAAAUUAAAGAAGUGCACCAUGGUUUUGUUAUUUGUUCCAACCUAGAGAUCUAAAAUGUGAAGACGAAAUAUUGUUGACAAGACUGCAAGCUUUGUGGCACGUAAUGGUCCCGAGUUUGAAGCUCGCAUCAGACAAAAUGAACUUGGCAAUCCCAAAUUCAACUUCUUAAACUCUGGAGAUCCAUAUCAUGCCUACUAUCAGCACAAAGUCAAGGAGAUCAGAGAAGGGAAAGGUCCGGAUCCAUCCGCACCCGCGCCCGCGCCUCCAGGGAUAACUCGCGGCGGUCUAGCCCCCGCCACCGCCGCUCGACAACAGGAGCUGUUGAAGGCAGCCGCCCCCGCCGAACCCCCGCCACCGCGCGACCCUCCUCCAGAUUUCGAAUUCAUCGCCGACCCACCCUCGAUUUCCGCCCUAGAGCUCGACAUCGUCAAACUCACUGCGCAAUUCGUCGCCAGAAACGGGAGGCAGUUCCUAACUGAUCUAAUGAAGAAAGAGGAGAGAAACCAUCAGUUCGACUUUUUACGACCGCAGCAUUCCCUGUUUCAGUAUUUCACGCGUCUCUUGGAACAAUAUACCAAAGUGCUGCUGCCCCCUAAAGAAUUAGUUGCCAAGUUGGCUUCGGAGAUUCGCAACGGCGUAUUGGAGCAGGCUCGCAGUCGCGCCGCGUGGCACUCGCAUCAGGCGCGCCGCAAAGCCGCCGACGAAGCUCGUAUUGAGAAGGAGCGUUUGGCUUACGCGUCUAUAGACUGGCACGACUUUGUCGUCGUAGAAACGGUGGACUACCCGGCAGGAGAGCCUGGGGAGUUCCCGCCACCGACGACUCCGUUAGAGGUGGGGGCGCGAGUGCUCGCCCAGGAGCGAGGAGAGGACAUCGCUCACGUCGCUGAGGAUGACGACACGGAGAUGCAGCUGGAGUCUGAAUCCGAGUCGGAUAGCGACGAGGACUUGGACGAAAUGGAGGACAGGACGCAGCAACAACAGCGGCCGGACGAUAACAGAGUUCAAGAUAUGGAGGAGGAGAGUUCCUCCGAUGAAGAUGAGCCUAUGCCGCCGCCGCCGCCGCCGCCCAGCGAAGAGGCGCCGUUGCCGCCGCGGGCGGACCGGGUCGUCGUUAAAAAAUACGACCCGAAGCGUACUCGUCCUCAGCAAGCGGCGGGAGAGGAGUGGCUAGUGUCUCCUAUUACUGGGGAGAGGAUACCCGCCAACAAGGUGGCGGACCACGUGCGCAUCGGUCUGCUGGACCCGCGCUGGCUGGAACAGCGCGACCGCGCCGCUGCCGAGCGUACUGAUCGUGACGAGGCGCUGGCCCCUGGGGCUGCUAUAGAAGCAUCGCUCAAACAGCUCGCUGAACGCCGUACGGACAUCUUCGGCGUUGGCGACGAGGAGACGGCUAUAGGUAAGAAGAUUGGGGAAGAAGAGAAGAGACGCGACGAUCGCGUCACGUGGGACGGACACACGUCCAGCGUGGAGGCCGCCACUAGGGCUGCGCGCGCGCAUAUCACUCUUGAAGAUCAGAUACAACAGAUACAUAAGGUCAAAGGCCUCCUGCCCGACGAAGAGAAAGAGAAGAUCGGCCCCAAGCCGGUAGCCGGGGGCCGCUUACCCCCGCCUAGGGCUCCCCCCGCGCCGCCCCCGCGAGCACCCGCGCCCCCGCCUGCAGCCCCCGCGCCGCCCCCGCCCGUGCCCGCCGCGGUGCUGCUGCAGCCGCUGCCGCCGCUCAUGGUCCUCCCGCCGAUGGCGCCCCGUCCGCCUCUCAUCCCCACUCCCGUAGGAGUGGGCGGCGUAGUGGGGGGAGUGCCUCCUUCUUUCGGAUUCCCCACCCCUGGGCCCCCGCCCGUGGACGACGACGACGCUCCCGCGGCUAAACGGACAAGGACAGAAGACGCCCUAGAACCGGAGACUAGUUGGCUGGCGAGGCAUCCUGGGGUGGUGCCGUUACAGGUGGCGCUGCCGUCGCUCCCCGAUCGUUCCGAGUGGCGCCUGGACGGUCGCAUAGUGCCAAUGAGCAUCGCUCUAGGCGCGCCCGUCGCCGAGCUCAAGAGUAUGCUACAACGGGCCACCAAUAUGCCCACGGCCAAACAGAAGCUGCACUACGAGGGUUUGUUCUUCAAAGAUACAAACACGUUGGCGUAUUACAACGUGCCUCCAGGCGCUGUCAUUCAUCUACAAGUCAAGGAGCGUGGUGGCCGCAAGAAAUAAUACAAUAAAUUCCCAUCUCCAUGCGUUUAUAAGCAGUGUGAAGCUCGAUAAUAUUAUUUUCCCACGAAGAUUGAGCAAUAUGAAUCCAAUAUUCAUCCAUCUACGCAUGACUAUUACCAUUAAGUAUAAUGAGUUUUAAAUAAAUUCUCUAUCACCAA